AUCAUUUUUUGUUGUUGUUGCAUUCAUCUGCAUUUUCAUACCGAUACAAAUAUGCCACAGUUUAUCAUAACACCAUUACUUACUAACAUAAUACAAUAAGAAGUGUUAUCGAUUCCGAAUUAUUUCAUUAUCUAUCUCCACAUCAUUUUCUAAUUCAUUAAAGACUUUUGAUUAUUCAAUGGACAAAUCUUCACUUUAUUUCUAAUAAAAUAAGUGAAUCACUCAAAAAGGACCUUCUUUCAUUUAUUAUAUUAAAAUAGGUGAAGUUAUCAAACAGUGUGACAGUUAUUUUACCUAAUCAACCUAUACGGAAGCUUUAAUAAUAAUUGACUGUAAAAACAGCGACCAUUCAACCAUCGUUACUUUUUGAAUCUUCUGAUGGUGUGUUCCUCUCAAUCCCGUGUUUAAUGCUAUAAAAAUUUGCCAGUUACUUGAAUAUUUCAACACCCUGGAAGACUUUUGCAUCAACAACUAAUCUGUUAUCAAUAUUAACAAUGACAGAAAUAACUGAAUCCUUUACAACGACAUCAAUAAGUACACCGCUGGAUACAACUCAAUGUGAACCGAUCGAGUUUUUAGAAACAUUUGGACGUGUUUAUGGCGGGAUGCAUGGAUAUAUCACACUGUUUCUCUGCCCUAUUUGUGUAUUAUCUAAUAUUUGCAUUGUCAUUGUUCUUAACCAGCGUAGUAUGAUAUCGCCAACAAAUUUUCUAUUGACAUCUUUAGCGAUAAGUGAUGGUCUGCUAAUGAUAUUUUAUAUUCCAUUUGCAAGUUAUUUUCUCAUUGGUCGGCAUACACGGAAUUCAAGUUAUAGUUGGGCGGUUUUCUUACAAUUUCAUAUUAAUUUACAGAAUUUCUUACACUUAACUUCAAGUUAUAUUGUUGUUGUGAUAGCUGUAUUUCGUAUUCUGUAUGUACGAUUUUUAGUUCAAUGUCAUAUUUUGUGUAGUAUGCAAAGAGCUAGACUGGCUAUCACACUAGUACUGAUAAUAAGUAGUAUAUUGACUAUCCCGUGUGUAAUCACUCAUCAUAUUGUCCGGAAUAAUAAUGAUAAUGAAGAAAAUGGCUACAUGGUGACAUAUAAAGAAAAUGAAGUCAUGUUAAACUAUCUGUACUGGAAUACAGCUAUUUUCUCUAAACUACUUCCACUGUUAUGUUUAAGUGUACUUAGUUUUAUGCUGAUAUUUACUAUACGUAAACAGAAUUCCCGAAUGCGUAGAAUGAAAGCACAAUCAAAAGUUGGUAGAAUUCACGCGGUUGCAGUGAAAUCCCCUUCAAAUUUAUCAACAACUAUGACAAAUGCAUCGUGUCUGUUAGAUAAGGUGAAUCAUGCAGACAAUGAUAUAAAAAAUAACAAUACUAAUACUACUACUACUACUACUACUAAUCAUAAUAAUAAUAAUAUAAUGAAUGAUAAUGGUGAGACAGUGAUAAUUAAACUUUCCAGUCUUAAAGAAUCCCCGUCUUCAUCGUCAACAGCACCAACACCAACUCCAGCCACAAAUGUUAACACAGAACGGAAACGUAAUACAUUUGAAAAUGAACGUGAUAAAGUGGAAAAUCGGUUGACAAGAUUUUUACUCACAAUUGUUUUUAUAUUUAUGAUCACUUUACUUCCACAGGCAAUCUUAUUAUUUUUAAGCGGAUUUCUAGGAAAUUGUUUCACCGAUACAGUAUACAAUGCACUCGGAGAUUUUAUGGAUCUGUUGACCAUCGUUAAUAAUGGUAUUAAUUUCGUAUUAUAUUGCUCAAUGUCCCAUCAAUUUCGAACAACAUUUAUACAUUUUUGUACAAAAAUAUUUCAAAAAUGCAGGUAGACAGAUAAUAAUAAUUAAAGCCAGUGAUUUGCCAUGAUUAUUUCAUAUUUCCCUCUGUGUGUGUGACUGUGUGUAUUUGUAAUUAUAUUUACAUUUUAUUAGGCAAUUUAAAAAAGGUCAGUUUACCAUUCUAUGAUUUCUGAAAUGGACAAUUAGAUAUGUGAAGAGUAUUCAUGUAUGUGUGUAUGUAUAUUGUUCUAACUAAUGUAUCUAUUUAUCAGCUGAUGUGAUUAUAAUAUAAAGAUGAGUUUGGUACAUAUCAUACGUGUCUUUACUGCCUUACCACAUAUCCCUAUUAAUACUGUUAUUAUUAUUAAUAAUGUCAGUUUAAUG